AUGGGAUGUGCUGCUUCCAGGUUAGAAGAUGAGGAGGCUGUCAAGAUGUGCCGGGACAGAAGGGACUUGAUCAAGCAGGCACUGGAGCAGCACAACCUAUUUGCAUCUUCACCGUGGGACUUCUUCUGGAACCCAUUCUCAUCACUGGACAGCUUUACAUAUCCCCGCCCUCGGAGUAGCUAUGACAAUGUGGUCACUGAUGAUGAACUCGUGAGGUUACAACGGGUACGAGAGGAGGAAGGAAUCCCAGAACUUGAAGAGGAAGAUGAUGAGUGUCAAGAGCAUGUACAGAUGGACAGAAAAGAGGAAAAAGAAGAGCACGACAAUGCAGAUGAUGAUGAAGACGAUGAUGAAGACGAUGGCGAGGAAUGUGAGCAUUCAGAUGAGUGUAUGGUUUCUAAUGUGAAUUUCGAUGCCAAUAUGAAGCAAGAAACAAAGGGAUUUGAAUCCAAAGGUAUUCAGUGUACUGAAGCACCAGAACCUUGCAAGACAGUAGAACUUGAGAUAAAGGCACACAAGAAAGAGUUGAUGAGAAACAGAGUAGCAAAUGCAGAAGAAACUCCUGGUUUCAUAGUAUAUCUGAAUCGAAGGCCAGCAAGCUUGGUUGAGGCCAUGAAGGAUAUCGACUGUCAGUUCUCAGGGAUAUGUGACGCUGCUCGGAAAAUCUCAGUAAUGUUGGAUGCAAGUAGAGCUCAGUACUCAACCUCAAACGAUCUUUCUGCGAAGAUGCUGAACCCAGUUGCACUUUUGCGUUCUGCGUCAUCCCAUUCAUCAUCAUCUCGUUUCCUUCUUGCUCCCUCUAGCUCAAUAGAUGAUCUCUUUGACAAUGAGACUAGCAGCUGCUACUCUGAAGAAUCUUGCAGUACCAUGUCUGGAAGUCACCACUCUACCUUGGAUAGACUCUAUACAUGGGAGAAGAAAUUAUACAAAGAAGUAAAGGCAGGUGAGCGGUUAAGAAUCGAGUAUGAGAAGAGGCUGACACAUUUGAGGAACCAAGAUGUGAAAGGCGAAGAACCUACCUCUGUUGAUAAGACUUGUGCAGCAUUGAGAAGCUUGCAUACUCGGCUGAAGGUGUCAAUACACACAGUUCAGUCGGUAUCAAGGAGGAUUGAAAUUCUAAGGGAUGAGGAGCUGCAUCCUCAGCUUAUGGAGUUGAUUCUGGACACGGAGACGAUCAGCAAGCACGACGUGAUCAGGGAUUUUCCUUCGCAUCUCCUGUAG